GGCGCGUCAGUCGGAGCGCAAUUGUUGAUCAGAUCACAUCCAGCGGACUUUGCGCGAGAAAAGAGAGGAAGCCGAGAUUUAAGAGCGGUUUGUUUUGACUGCAUACCAUUUUUGUCGGACGAAAGAACUGUGCAGUGGAGAUGUCUUUCCCCCAGCUAGGCUACCCGCAGUACUUGAGUGCCUCCCAGGCGGUUUACGGGAGCGAAAGACCGGGAGUGCUUACGACUUCGUCCCGGGGAGGGAGCACCGAAAUCGGGGGAAGUCCGUCAGCCACUGCAGCGGCUGUCACGUCAGUGUUGGGCAUGUACGCCAACCCGUACGCACACAACUACAGCGCUUUCUUACCAUACACCAGCGCGGACUUGGCUCUUUUCUCACAAAUGGGAUCCCAGUAGGAGCUGAAGGACAGUCCUGGCGUCCACCCUGCCAGCUUUGCAGCCCACACAUCUCCUGCCUUCUAUCCAUACGGCCAGUUUCAGUACGGGGACCCUGCUAGGCCCAAGAAUGCCACCCGGGAGAGCACCAGCACCUUGAAAGCCUGGCUAAAUGAGCACAGGAAGAAUCCGUACCCGACCAAAGGGGAGAAGAUCAUGCUGGCUAUCAUCACCAAAAUGACGCUGACGCAGGUUUCUACCUGGUUCGCAAACGCCAGGAGGAGGCUCAAGAAGGAAAACAAGGUGACCUGGGGUAGCAGGAGCAAAGAGGACGAGGACGGUAACUUGCUAGGAAGUGGAGACGAAGCGGAAAAAAACGAAGACGAGGAAGAGAUUGAUCUGGAAAGCAUAGAUAUAGACAAAAUCGACGACAACGACGGGGAUCAAAGCAAUGAGGAUGAUGACGAUAAGUCAACGGAGGGGAGCAGGGACCGUAGGGGUGGCGUCGGUGCAACUGGAGAGUUGGACAACUUAGAGAAAAGACGGGCCUUCGCCCUACAGGCCCACGAGGCCUUCGAAAAAUCUAAGAACGCUAUUUCAAUUCACCCAGGGAGUAAAGAGAACUCUGAUAGCAGCAACAACAACACCACAAGAGUUUUGUCUCCGGAUAGACCUGGGAGCUUUCCUCUCCCGUCUAACAAUAAGCCCAAAAUAUGGUCUUUAGCAGAGACCGCUACUAGUCCCGACAGCUCAUCACAGAAACCCACGUCCCCUUGUGGCACAGGGGCCACCACUCACCCAUCAGCGCCCCACCACCAGAUUCAGACCCACCCCGCCUUUCUCCCCAGUCACGGACUGUACACUUGCCAGAUUGGAAAGUUCCACAACUGGACAAAUGGGGCUUUCUUAGGUCAGAACUCCCUGCUGAAUGUGAGAUCGUUUCUGGGAGUAAACCAGCACCACCACCAUCAACAUAAUCAUCACUUGCCGGCCCAGCAGCAGCAGCAGCAGCAGCACGACUCAGUGGUGGUUUCCCCGGUGGUAGCAGCGUCAGCAGCGCUCAGCAAUGACAGCAAAGCCCAACCAGAGAGCCACAGUCCCAAACACAUAGAUCACGAAAACGGUGUAAGGUCGGAUUCACCUCCAACACAGACUCUGAAGUCUUCUUUUCGACCCAUUCAUGACAGAUCCUCUCUGCCUUCCAGCGCCAGGAGUCCACAAGACGCCACGCAACGGGUCCUCACUGCACUCUCCUCGGCUUGAUCAAGACAUUUUUUAUGCUUGAAAAAAAUAAAUAAAUAAAAUGAAAUAGAAAAAAAAAAAGACUUUACGCUCUCUAAAAAGGACAAUGAGAAAUAGAAAUGCAGCAUAGCAUUCAGACGGUACCGAACAAAUGGCGUAAUUUGGUAAUAUCCUGUGGAUGGAUGGAUUACUUCCUCUAUUGUUGUGUAGCUUAUAAUCGCGCCUAUAAUGUUACUCUCUCUCUCUCCACUUUGCCCAGGCAAUCUGGGACAUUUUGGUAGGCUGUUUACUUUAUUAUUAUUAUAAUUAUUGUUAUUAUAAUUAUUAUUUGUCACUAUCUUGUGUUUUUGGUGUCCUUUCUUUAAUGUAAAUACAAGUGAUUUAAAUUUGUAAAUAGGAAACGUUGAAGGAAUUUGUCCAGAUCGUAUAUUUUGCCUAA